AUGGCCAACUGCAACGGCAGUACUUUGGCAAAGGAGUUUUUGCUGGCCGGACUUCCCGCUCUGCAUAACUAUCACAACCUGCUGUUUGUUUUGUUUCUGUCAUUCUACCUGCUAAUACUGAUUGGCAAUUUAGCAAUCAUCUCUGUCAUUGUGGCGGAGGAAAAACUCCACAAGCCCAUGUACUUCUUCCUAACCAAUCUCUCUGUGCUAGACAUCCUGUUCACUACGACAACCAUUCCCAAAAUGCUGGCCAUGUUUCUGGUUGAUGCAAAAUCCAUUUCUCCCCCGGCUUGCUUCCUGCAGAUGUAUUGCUUCCACAGCCUAACUGUGACCGAAGCUUUCCUCCUUGUCGUCAUGGCCUAUGACCGUUACGAAGCCAUUUGUAACCCUUUGCAUUACCCGGUCAAAAUGACAAAAAGAAUGAAUAUCCAGCUGGCAGCCAGCUCUUGGCUAGUGGCUUUCUUGGUUCCUGUCCCAGUCAUCAUUGAAACGUCUAAUUUAGGAUUUGGUGAAAGAACUCUGGUCUACCACUGCUUUUGUGACCACCUGGCUGUGGUCCGGGCAGCGUGUUCCAAUUCAGAUUCAAAUCUCCAGAAGUUCGUAGGGUUUUCAAUUGCUAUGACGAUCUCCGUCACCCCUUUGAUCCUCGUGGUUGUAUCCUACAUCCACAUCAUUCUCUCGGUCUUGAGGAUCAGUUCCAAAGAAGGACGUAGUAAGGCCUUUUCCACUUGCUCUUCUCACCUGAUUGUGGUUGGAACGUACUACUUCUCUAUUACCGUGGCCUAUGCCUCAUACCAGGCGAACAUGCCCCUUGAUAUCCAAGUCUUGAGCACUGUAACUUUCGCCAUUUUAACCCCACUGUUAAACCCACUUAUUUAUACCCUGAGAAACAAGGAAGUCAAAAGCACACUGGAAAAGUUCAUCUUGCUCAGAAUUCCCUCUGUUUUGCAAAAGAACUGUUUAAUUUGA